AUGGGCAAGAAAUCCAAAUCCCAAUCUUCGGCUAAGGACCAGAAGCCUGCCUCUGCCGCUCCUUCUCUGCUUGCCGGCAGUGCUCUCGAUCCGACCUUGUCCUCCCUUUUCGAUACAAGUGCUGGACCCGUGCAAGCCCCCGCGGUUCAAUACAUUAAUGUGCCCCCCAAGUCGACAAAACAAGACAAGGCCGCCAAAGAUGAUAUCGCAUCGGAUGAAGGCUCAGUUGCCUCCGGAGAUGAAUUGAUGGAAGAUGCUUCUGAUGCCAGUGAGCCUGAAUCAUCUGAGGAAUCGGCACCGGAACCUCAAAACCGCAAGCGCAAGCGUGGAACCGCUGGAGAGGAAGUGGAGGAGAUUUACAUGCGUCGCCUCGCCAAGGAAGAAGAGAGAGAUGCGGAGAAGAGAAAGGCCGAGUACACGCAGCGCCAGAAGCCCACUGAGGAAGAAGGAAGCGAUGUAUCUGAAGGCGAGGAUUCUGAGGCUGAGGACAGUGACGAGGAUGACAAGACUCCGGCCCCGGUCCACGAGAGUGUGGCGGGUACUGCAAAGGCAACCGAGGUCGAGAAGUCCAACCGUACGGUCUUCCUGGGUAAUGUUUCGACCGAGGCCAUUAAAAGCAAGACCGCCAAGAAGACCCUUCUUCGUCACCUGGCCUCCUUCUGUUCCACUCUGCAGGAAUCGACUGGCCCGCACAAAGUUGAAUCGCUUCGAUUCCGUUCUGUUCCAUUUGCCAGCGGUGGUGGACUCCCGAAGCGUGCUUCUUUUGCCCGACAGGAAAUUCUCGAUGAUACCACUCACAGCACCAAUGCUUAUGCCGUCUACUCUACCGUCCAAGCCGCUCGCAAAGCAGCCACUACAUUGAAUGGAACCAUCGUCCUUGACCGCCAUCUUCGAGUUGACAGUAUUGCUCACCCGGCCGCAAUUGAUAACAAGCGUUGCGUCUUCGUGGGUAACCUUGACUUUGUCGAUAAUGAAGGCCCCGUUGAGGAUGCGACUGGCAAGAAGAAGAAGCCCAGAGCCCCUGCUGAUAUUGAAGAGGGUCUUUGGCGCACUUUCAACGAGCACACCGGAGGCAAGGACAAGAAGGCAGACAAGAAGAGUGUCGAAUUCGUUCGCGUUAUUCGUGACCGCUCAACUCGCGUUGGAAAGGGUUUCGCUUAUGUCCAGUUCUACGACGGAAACGGUGUUGAGGAGGCUCUUCUUCUUAAUGAGAAGAAGUUCCCCCCUAUGCUUCCCCGGAAAUUGCGUGUCACUCGUGCCAGAAAGGUCGCUAAGAAGCGUGAGGAUUCUGGCGGCAAGGAUUCAAAGAUGGCCGAGGCCCAAAAGACCCUCCAGGGUCGUGCAGGCAGAUUGCUCGGUCGGGCAGGUGCCGCCAAGAUCAAGGCACAGGGAAAGAGCACCAUUGCUGGCAACUCCUUCAUCUUUGAGGGACACCGUGCCACCGAGAAGGGUGCUUCAUCUCAGAUGAAGGUCAAGGGCAAGAGUCGUGGCAACAAGGCUAAAAAGAAUGCCCGCAGCAGUAAGCGGGCGGCAGCAUACAAGGCUGCGGGUGGACAGAAGCCUUGA